AUGGUCAAGCUGGAGGAAGUCCCCGAUGAGGAGUUUGAGGCACAACAGCCAGGCCCAAAGGAAGAUGAGGACGAAUGGGACACAGACGACGGUGCGCAUGGAUGCAACCCAAAAGAAGGUUUAAGUACUGACCGCAAUACCUAUCAGACUCAGAGAUCUCCGAUGUAGAAGAUGACGAUGACCUCGACGAAUCGCUACUCGACCGUGUCUACGCUCUCAAAGACAUUGUGCCUCCUACCUACCGCAAAAAACUGUACAACGCUGCGUCGACCGGUUACUCGUGGGCUUCAAAAGGACUGAGCUUAAGUGGCAAGACUUUGUGGGUGGUCAGCACGAGUGCGCUGCUUUUGGGUGUGCCGUGGGCGCUGGCUUUCAGUGAGGAACAGCAGGUGCAGGAGAUGGAGAGAGAAAUGCGGAUGCAGCAGAGUGCAAACGAGGUGAGUUACAUCGAGAUUCCUCGAGAAGGAGUGACAAUGUGCGGGCAAUCGUGUGCUGACUCUUCCGUUCUAGCUCUUGACGGCUGGCUCUGAUGCUGGACAGAGCAAUGCAAGACCUGCGCUCUAG